AUGGGUGCUCUCUGUUGCCGGCCUACGCCAAUCGACUUUGACGGAGAAGUCAACCUUUUCCAUUUCGUCCUCCUACGAUGCGUUGGGAAGGGUGCCUUUGGCAAGGUCCGCGUCGUCCAGCAUAAACAGACACGCGAGCUCUAUGCUCUUAAGUACAUCAACAAAGCGAAAUGUGUCAAGAUGAAGGCUGUUGCCAACAUCAUCCAAGAGCGGCGUCUCCUCGAGGAGAUCGACCAUCCAUUCGUCGUCAACUUGCGAUAUGCGUUUCAAGAUGACGAAAACUGCUUCUUUGUCCUCGACUUGAUGCUUGGGGGAGACCUGCGAUUUCAUCUCGAAAGGCUGGGCCACUUAUCCGAAGAUACUGUGCGAUUCUACGUUGCCGAACUGGCUUCUGCUCUCGCCUUUCUCCACGAGAAGCGCAUAAUACAUCGCGAUAUCAAACCGGACAACAUCCUGCUUGAUGAGGCUGGCCAUGCCCAUCUCACCGACUUCAACAUCGCUGUCCACUACUCCGAGCGGCGCAUGCUUACUGGAGUUGCUGGCUCCAUGGCCUACAUGGCACCUGAAAUCCUCGCCAAGCGCGGAUAUACCUACACCAUCGACUGGUGGUCACUUGGCGUCUGUGCCUAUGAAUUGAUAUUCGGACGGCGUCCAUUCAGAGGAAGGACGAACAGUGAGCUUACGAUGAGCAUCGGCAAGGACUCGUUGAGAUUUCCGGAGGAUGCGGAGCAGAAAUGCUCUCGGGCAGGUAUACAGGCGCUGCAGCGGUUGCUCGAGCGCGACACAACGAAGCGGCUCGGUUGCAAGCCUCACGGCGAGGGCUUCCGCGACAUUCGACAACAUCCUUGGUUCCGGACAAUCGACUGGGAAACGCUAGAAACCAAGACUCAAACGUCCCCCUUUAUACCCGAUUCGCGCAAGGCGAAUUUCGACGCUUCACAUGAACUCGAAGAGCUGCUGCUGGAGGAUAAUCCUCUCAAGGCGAAGCGACGAAAGGAGCAAGAUAUCAGCAACCUCAGUACUGAGAUGCGACAAAUGGAAGAACAGUUCACGAAUUACGACUUCAAGAAGAUGCACCGACGAUCCUACUACCCUCAGAAUCAGAUUGUAUCCACCAUGACCGCCACUUCGUCGUCAGGUCCCAACUCUUCUCGUCCCGUCACGCCCGGUAACGACCCAUACGCCGAAGCACAAGCCCAUGUCGCUGGUAUCGAUACCGAAGGCGCGCCGCACGAAUACGGCGAGACGGAGAGGUACGGCGGUAUUCCGAUGUCGAAGAUGAUGUCCGAGAAGGACUAUCGGAAUCAGUAG